UAGAAUCCUAGGUUGGCUAGCGUCUUAGUGGGCCCCGCCUCCCCCCAGAACCCCUCGCCACGACCAGCCUCCCUGCUCCGGCGAUGCGGCGGCUACCCUUGCGACUCUUGCGCUCAGCGGCGGUCGCAUCAGUCCGGAGGCCUGUCCCCUCCCGUGUCGGCUGUCCUGUCCCUCCCACGACGCAACCGCCGGCGGAGACAGCCAUCGCGCCGGCCAACCUCGCCCGCUGGCUACCGCGGAGAGGGUACUCCCAGUUCGCGAGCGGUUUCACCCCCCUACAGCCAAAGACUCUGGGAUCCAUCCUCGACAUCGAGCGCGCCAAGGGCCUGUCCCCCGAACACCUCGUCGCCGCCUGGGAUGACUACCAUUUGGGAAGAGGUCAUAUAGGAACAUCCAUGAAAGCAAAGCUUUACCAUCUCUUGGAACAAAGAUCGUCCACAUGUCGAUAUUUUGUUAUUCCUUUGUGGAGAGGAAGUGGAUAUACUACCAUGUUUAUGCAAGUGCAGAUGCCACACAUAAUCUUCACAGGACUUGAAGACUAUAAAGCAAGAGGAACUCAAGCAAGCCCAUACUACACAGUCACUCAUUAUACAGAGUUUGCAGAAACCAAGGAUACAGUGCUUGUGCGAGGAGAUGUUGUCUUCACCAGUAAACUGACUGAUUCGGAGGCGAAGUGUCUUUUAGAGACUGCUCACUCAUUCUACCUGAAUGAUGUGCGGUACAAGCUUGUAGAGCGCUUCAAUAAAGAAACACAUGAUUUCGAGUUCAAAGAUGUCCUUCAAGUGCUUGAUAUGCCUACCAUGUGAGAAAAAAAACUCAAGUCCUCGUGCAACAGCAAAAGUUUCUUGUCAGCCUGAAAUUACUGCUAACAUUGAAGUUACCGUUCUUUUCCCUCCUUUUCUUGCAAACGACACUGGAUAUCGCUCUGACUGAGCGUUAGUUCAUCUUGUUGGAAAAGUUUUGAGGCAUUCCAUAACUAUUUGCUGUUGUUUCUCUUAGUCUAUUCGAUGGAUUUAUUUGUAUUUCAUUAUGCUCUCUUAUUAAAGCGAUUCAUAAUUUUUUCCCUAA